AUGGACGAAGAGUACGACUGCAUCGUGCUGGGCACCGGUCUCAAGGAAUGCAUCCUGUCCGGUAUGCUGUCGGUCUCCGGCAAGAAAGUGUUGCACGUCGAUCGCAAUAAGUACUACGGCGGUGAGUCGGCGUCCAUCACGCCGCUGCAGGAGCUGUUCCAGAAGUUCGGCGUGAAGGAGCCGGACGAGAAGGAGCACGGGCGCGGCCGCGACUGGAAUGUCGACCUGGUGCCCAAGUUCCUCAUGGCCAACGGCCUGCUGGUCAAGCUGCUCAUACACACGGGCGUGACGCGCUACUUGGAGUUCAAGUCGGUCGAGGGCAGCUACGUGUACAAGGGCGGCAAAAUCUACAAGGUGCCGGUCGACCAGAAGGAAGCGCUGUCGUCGGAUCUGAUGGGAAUAUUCGAGAAGAGGCGGUUCAGAAAUUUCCUGAUAUUCGUGCAAGACUUCCAGGAGAACGACCCCAAGACGUGGAAGGAUGUCGACCCGCAGCGCAUGUCCGCCUAUCAGCUGUACACCAAGUUCGGUCUGGACAAGAACACCCAAGACUUCACCGGCCACGCUCUGGCUCUCUAUCUUAAUGACGACUAUGUCAACGAACCCGCUGCCAAUUUGAUCAGACGCAUCAAGUUGUACAGCGAUUCUCUAGCUCGUUACGGAAAAAGUCCGUAUCUGUAUCCUUUGUACGGGCUCGGAGAACUACCUCAAGGUUUUGCUCGUCUCAGUGCUAUUUACGGUGGUACUUACAUGUUGAAUACUCCCGUUGAUGAAAUCGUUUUUGAAGGAUCGAGUGUUGUUGGCAUUAAGAGUGGUGGCGUUGUUGCUAAGUGUAAACAAGUUUUCUGUGACCCGUCCUACAUAAAAGAAAGAGUAAAAAAAACGGGUCAAGUAAUCCGUUGCAUAUGUUUAUUAAAUCAUCCUAUACCAAACACCCGUGACGCUCUUUCUACUCAGAUCAUUAUUCCACAGAACCAGGUCAACCGUAAGUCGGACAUCUAUGUUUCGUUAGUAAGCAACACCCAUCAAGUGUCUGCACAAGGAUGGUUUAUUGCUAUGGUUUCUUCCAAAGUUGAAACUAGUAACCCAGAAUUGGAGAUCAAGCCUGGUUUGGAUUUGUUGGGAUCUAUCAAACAGAAGUUUGUAUCCAUUUCUGAUUAUUAUGAACCUAUUGACGAUGGAAAGGAUAGCAAGUUAUUUAUUUCAAAGUCGUAUGAUGCUACAUCACAUUUCGAGACAACAUGCUUGGACGUUUUGGAUAUUUACAAACGAGCCACUGGAGAAGAAUUUGAUUUUUCAAAAAUUAAACUAGAAAGUGAAGAUGUCUAA